AUGAAUGAAGAGAUUAAUUAUUUACGUACGUUAUUAGUUGAAAAAGAACGUGUUAUUGAGAAAUUAGAGACUCAUCAUGAACAAAUGAGACGUCAUCAUGAAGCUGAGCAACGUAUUCUUUUAACUGCAUGGUAUAAUUUAGUAAUUAAAUCAACUAAAAACCUAAUUGAAUCAGAUCUUAAACAAAAUUGUCACAAUUCUCCUGAAAAACUCAAUAAUUUUCUAUCAUGUUAUAAUACAGAGAAUAAUUUAUCAUUUUUAACUCGACAACGUAAUAUUCAUUUGAAACCUCCGACUGAUUUAACUUCAUUAGUGAUGGCAACAAAAUAG